AUGGUGUCGUUCAAGGAGUUCUUGAGUGAGUGGCAACUGAGAGGCUCUUUUCUCGGUAGUCUUCUCAUACAAGUCCUUCUAAUUCUACCUGGAAACAUCAGAAAACGUAAUUCUUCCAUUUGUGUCACAGUUUUUCUUUGGAUUUUAUACACGGCUGCAGAUAAGGUGGCCAUAUAUGCUAUCAGCAUUGUUUCAAGAAGUAUAACCGACCCUUUCCUCCCCCACAACCGUGUAUUAGUAUCUUUCUGGACAACCAUCCUCCUCCUCCACCUGGGCUUCCCCAACACCAUCACCGCCUUUUCGCUGGACGACAACCAGUUGUGGUUACGCCAAAGUCUCACUCUGGUCACUCAAGUCGGAUUCGUGGUUUAUAUCCUUCUCAGGGCAUUAUGGGGCAUAACCCAAAGGCUUGUUCUUGUCUUUGCCAUUGUCUGUGUUUCCAUGGCAGGAUUGCUGAACUACACAGACAUGGUGGCGACAUACUCAUCCACCAUUAACGCAGGCAUUCCGGCUCACUGGAAACAGCAACAGCCAAAAUCAGCAACAACAGCUGACGAUAAGAACAAUUCUGAUCCUCAGAUACAAACAUUGACGAAUGCCUAUGAUUUAUUUAUGACUUUUAGGCGUCUCUUUGUCAAUCUCAUACUCACUUUUGAUGACAGAGACAAAAGCCUGUCCAUUUUCAGAGGCAAAGACGCUGCAGCAGCUUUCGAAAUGGUUGGAAUCGAGCUGAAUUUUGCCUAUGAUGCACUGUACACGAAAGCAUUUGUGUCUCAGUCAUCCUGGUUGCAUCAUUCGGGCAGUGCUCUGGCUCUGGAAAUUGCAUCGUUAGCUGUUUUUAUUGUCUCAGAUUGGACUGUUGUUCUGUCAAGCUCAAGCACCUCCAAGGUGAAUCUCAAAUGGCUAGAACAGCCCAUCUUUUCAAUCCUUUCCUUUGUGAGAAACCCUAUUCUCCGUUUGCCCAGCAGACCAAAUUCACGGAACGCGGAAUCCGGGGAGGCUAAAAGAUACCGCUGGAACCUCACUGAUUGGAGAGGCAAAAUGGCAAUUCUUGACACGAGUUGUCCUGAACUGAAGUGGAUCAUUGAACUGGAAUUCGACGAGUGUUUACUUCUAUGGCAUGUGGCCACAGAUAUAUGCUACCACCAACCUCAAGAAUCUAUGAAUUCCGGGCACCAAGGUUAUCGCGAGGCCAGCAAGCUCAUAUCAUGCUACAUGAUGUAUCUUCUGGUGGUACACCCCUUGACACUAUCUUCGACAGCAGUAAUAGGGCUCAUACGAUUCAGAGAUACAUGUGCCGAGCUCAUUCAAUUUUUCAAGGAUGACGAACUGAUAGGAAAAGAACCCGGUAUUGGCAGUGAGAAUCUGUUAUUCAUGCAUACAGAUUUAUCUCCCAAGAGAGUUAAGGGGGAUAAGAGCAAGUCGGUGUUGUGGGAUGCAGUUGAAUUGGCUAAAGAACUGAUGGAAUUAGAUGAAGAGAAGAUGUGGAAGACAAUGUGCGAUGUGUGGAUAGAGAUGCUCUGCUUUGCAGCAUAUAAUUGCAGAGGUGAUUACCAUGCCAAGCUGCUGAGUGUUGGAGGAGAGCUUCUCACUUUUGUGUGGCUUCUGCAGGCACAUCUUGGUAUGGGAGACUACUUCCAGACAAAAUCUGGCAAUUUAACAGCAACUAUAAUCUUGGAGAGCUAGAAAGAAAUGAAAUAAGGUUAGCAAUAGCAGCUACCUACCUAUCUCCAAAUUCACCAUUAUGCAACUGUGUUGAUCGAGUUGUGUCGUGUCAUCUUUGUGCCUAUGUAAUGUAUAUAAUUUCGUCUCAUUCAAUCAUAUUGACAAAAAAAAUAUACAAUUAACUACCAUGCAGUUUUCCUAUUCAAG